UGCGUGUGCAGGAAUUGCCGACAACGCCGGCGAGUGGGACUACGAGUCCCCAUAGGCCUCUGCGUGACUCCGGCUGGGCAGGAUUCCGGACAACGCCUGGUUCCUCUCGGGUCCUUCCGGCGUCGCCGGAGUGAAUUGAUCUGGGAGUUGAAGAGGGCUCCAAAGGUGGCAAGUGAAGUCAGUGCCUCAGUUGCCGGUCAGCAUAUGUUUUGUGCCCUGUUCUUUUAUCACAAAAAAAGAGAAGAAAGGCUGCAGUGAAUGACGAUUCCUCUGCAUUUUAGCACUUCUUUUUCUACUGUAGUUGGCUUUUGAAUGAGGAUGACAAUGGAAGAGAUGAAGAAUGAAGCUGAGACCACUUCCAUGGUUUCUAUGCCCCUCUAUGCAGUCAUGUAUCCUGUGUUUAAUGAGCUAGAACGAGUAAACCUGUCUGCAGCUCAGACACUGAGAGCGGCUUUCAUUAAGGCUGAAAAAGAAAAUCCAGGACUCACACAAGACAUCAUUAUGAAAAUUUUAGAGAAAAAAAGUGUAGAAGUCAACUUCACAGAGUCCCUUCUUCGAAUGGCAGCUGAUGAUGUAGAAGAGUAUAUGAUUGAACGACCGGAGCCAGAAUUCCAGGACCUAAACGAAAAGGCACGAGCACUUAAACAGAUUCUCAGUAAGAUCCCAGAUGAGAUCAAUGACAGAGUGAGGUUUCUGCAGACAAUCAAGGAUAUAGCUAGUGCAAUAAAAGAACUUCUUGAUACAGUGAACAGCGUCUUCAAGAAAUAUCAAUACCAGAACCGCAGGGCACUUGAACACCAAAAGAAAGAAUUUGUAAAGUACUCGAAAAGUUUCAGUGAUACUCUGAAAACCUAUUUUAAAGAUGGCAAGGCAAUAAAUGUGUUCAUAAGUGCCAACCGACUAAUUCAUCAAACCAACUUGAUACUUCAGACCUUCAAAACUGUGGCCUGAAAGUUGUAUAUGUUAAGAGAUGUACUUCUCAGUGGCAGUAUUGGACUGCCUUUAUCUGUAAAUUUUAAAGUUUGACUGUAUAAAUUAUCAGUCCCUCCUGAAGGGAUCUAAUAAUCCAGGAUGUUGAAUGGGAUUAUUGCCAUCUUACACCAUAUUUUUGUAAAAUGUAGCUUAAUCAUAAUCUCACACUGAAGAUUUUGCAUCACUUUUGCUAUUAUCAUUCUUUUAAGAAUUAUAAGCCAAAAGAAUUUACGCCUUAAUGUGUCAUUAUAUAACAUUCCUUAAAAGAAUUGUAAAUAUUGGUGUUUGUUUCUGACAUUUUAACUUGAAAGCGAUAUGCUGCAAGAUAAUGUAUUUAACAAUAUUUGGUGGCAAAUAUUCAAUAAAUAGUUUACAUCUGUUAAA